AGGGGAAGGGAAAACGGGGAGAGAAAUGGAAGAAACGGGUAAAGAAACUUGGGGAGACGUUAAAUGACAGACAUAGCGGAAAGAGCGGGAGAAGAAACGGGCGAGUUGAGCGGCGGCGGCAGUGAGGGAGCAGGGGAGGCCCCGGGGAAGCCCGUGGCCGCCGCGACAGCGGGACCUAGGGGAGAUGGCGUCGAGUGGGGCGCGGGCGGCGGGACGGAGCACCGGAGGGGGUGCCGAGUGAGCUUGUCAUUCCCAGGCACCCUGGAGUCCGAAAAGGCCAGCUCGGCGGGCGCGCACCUGCCAGCCGCCCCUGACCUCGCCGCCGCCGAGCAGGCAACCCCCAAGCCUGAGAAGAAGAUGGCCCAGUCCAAGCUCGACUGCCGCUCACCUGUCGGUCUCGACUGCUGCAACUGCUGCCUGGACCUGGCCAACCGGAGCGAUGCCCAGAGCGGCAGCCCCGGGGACAAGAACCCGGGCAGCCCCACCGUGAGCAACUUUCGGCAGCUGCAGGAGAAGCUGAUCUUCGAGAACCUCAACGCCGACAAGCUCGACAGCAUAAUGCGGCAGGAUUCCCUGGAGCCGGUGCUGCGGGACCCCUGCUACCUGAUUAACGAGGGCAUCUGCAACCGCAACAUCGACCAGACCAUGCUCUCCAUUCUGCUCUUCUUCCACAGAUGGAAACAGAGACAGAGACCCACAUCAGAGCACUGGACUGCGCUCCCAAGAUCCAGUUGAAGAGUGGAAGGAGGGAGAAUAUGAGCAAGGAAGUCAAGACCAUGAGUGUUCACCCACUGAGACAAAUGUGCCUGAGCUAAUGGGAGCUCACCAACUCCAACUGGACUGGGAGUGAACAAGCAUGGGAUCAAACUAGUCCUUCUGAAUGUGGUUGACAGUUUGGGCAGACUGGGGAGCCAAUGACAAUGGCACUGGGAUUUGUCUCUACUGCAUGUACUAGCUUUUUGGGAUCCUCUUCUCUUUGAAUGUAUACCUUGCUCAACCUGAGUGUAGUAGGGAGAGCCUUUGACUUCUCACAGGGCAUGGUGCCUUGCCCUCUCUUAUGAUUGGAAGGGGAUGGGGAAAGGGUGCGUGGAGGGAGUAGGAGGGAAGUAGGAGGAAGGGAGGAAGUGGGAAUUUGGAUUGGUAUUUUUUAAGUAAUAAAAUAAUAAUUAAUAAUAAUAAUAAUAACCCAAACUUAUCCACUCUAGUUUGUGUUGCUACCCAUAUAUACUCCCGGGUUGGGGUCACCUAAUGGAGUGUGGUCCACCUACCAGGACUUAACUUAAAAAAGACUAACCCUUCUAAUCCCAGAAAACAUCAGCUGUUGAUGGAUACUCAAUUAGGAGUAGGAAGUAAUGAACCCCUCCCACUCUAUGCUAAAAUGUUGACUGACUUGAUCUUGUGCAGGCAACCACAGCUGCUGUGUGUGGUGAUAUUUUGUUUGUGCUAUAACAAAUAAAGCUUCCCUGAGGAUCAGAGAAGCAGAGCAGCCCACCACUAGUUCUUACCUCUGCAAAAUCCUCAGACCGAAUGGGGUAUCCUGUCUCUAUAAGUCCUCAGACUGAAUGCUUUUUGAGCUCUUGUCUCCUCCCACCUUAUAUUCCUUUCUCCAUCCAACUAUAUAUAUAUAUAUAUAUCUUCCUGUCUCUACCUCCCUAGUGUUGGGAUUAGAGGUUUUAGGAUCCCUAGUGCUGGAAUUAAAGGUGUGAGCCACCACUGCCUGGCACUGUUUUUCUUUGAGACUAGAUCAAUCUAGUGUAGCCCAGGCUGGCCUUAAACUCAGAGUCUGCCUCUGCCUCCUGAGUGCUGGGAUUAAAGGUGUGUGCCAUCACUGCCUGGCCUCUAUAGCUAACUACUGGCUUUCUCUACACUCUGAUCUUCAGGCAAGCUUUCUUUCUUAAAGCACAAAUAAAAUAUCACCACAGCUGAGAAUUCUUCAAUGCAGUAGUCCUGUCAUAUUCAGAUGACACAGUUUGAGUCUAGUCAUCUCUGACCUCUGGCUCUUGCCCCCCUCUUCCAACUAUGAUCCCUAAACCUUAGAGAGGGAGUGUUAUAUGCAUGUCCCAUUUGUGGCUGAGCACUCCACUGAAUCUUAUUUUCUGCACUUUGACCAGUUAUGAGUUUCUGUGUUUGCCACCAUCCAUUGCACAAAGAAACAUUGAUGGGGGCUGGAGAGAUGGCUCAGCGGUUAAGAGCAUUGCCUGCUCUUCCAAAGGUCCUGAGUUCAAUUCCCAGCAACCACAUGGUGGCUCACAACCAUCUGUAAAGAGGUCUGGCACCCUCUUCUGGCUGUCAGGCAUACACACAGACAGAAUAUUGUAUACAUAAUAAAUAAAUAAAUAUAAAAAAAAAGAAACAUUGAUGAAGUCUGAGAGCUGCACUAAUCUACAGGUAGAGAAAGAUUAAUUUAGAUGGCACUUUGAUAUGUCCACUUAGCCGUAUAAUAGUAAUGGGUUCUCCCCUGGAGACAAUGAGCUCCCAAACAUGAGUUCUUGGCCAGAUUUAUAGUAUGAAAUCUAUUUUUAAUAAAAAAUUUAUCUGGGUGAUGGUGGCACAUGCCUUUAAUCUUGGUACUCUGGAGGCAAAGACAGGUAUGGAGUUCAAGGCCUGCCUAGUCUACAAAAUGGAUUCCAGGACAGCCAGGGUUGUUGUAUAGAUACACCCUGUCUUGAAAAUCCUAAGAGAGAGAGAGAGAGAGAGAGAGAGAGAGAGAGAGAGAGAGAUUUGAACGAGCUCGUUUUUCUCCACUUUUCAUAUAGUUUCCAAAUUAUUCAAUAGAGAUUUCAUUCUAUCUUUUAAAAGGGCUUAAGGUUAUAGCAUGAAUAACUUUACUUUUAGCUAGUCACCCCAAUCCAACUUUGAUCAAUGACUUACAUUUAUAGAAUGCAGAUUUGGAAAGAAUCAAAAGUAACUGGACUGUGGAAGUACCUUCCCUAAGCACUUUAGCUAGCUGUCCUUCUGGAAACUGGGGUUGUGUCGGAUUUUAUUGGUUGCUUAAUAGUCACAGAAGAGAGAAGGAAAAUGACCUCAAAAAGUCUAUAUAUUGCUUUCACGUUCAGAUCAUCCACAAUCAUGUUAUUUCCUUUAAUAAUGCUAAAUUAUGUAAUAGCAAUUUAUUGUAACCUCUGCCUUUAGCUACUCACUGGUAGGGUCCCAUUUUGUAUAUGGGUAGAGCCACAUCUGUAAUAUCCCUAUUUUUUCAUUUUGUGAAUUAUUCAUAGCAAUUCCAAAAUCUCAGGAGGCCCACUUGCAUACUGUCUAGCUAGUUUCUGGGAACUUAGGAGUGCUUUGACACCAGUCCAUACAGAGUAUAAAUUAAGGAGAAUUUUGGAAAAACAUAUUACCUACUCACAUUUGGAUCCCAUACUGAAGCAUGGUUGAAUUUCCCAUGGCAGGAUCACUAAGGUAGGAUGUGUAGCAAAGGAUUAAUAUGGAAGAAAAGCAUGUAUAGCAAACUUUAAAGGUGCGCUAUAAGUCACAUAUAUUUUAGUAGCUGUGCCAUUCUACUUAUUUGAACUGAUGUGAAAAUGAGUUUGCAUCCUUGGAGUGCAUAAAAACCAGAAGAACCUGGAUGUAAGGAAAAACUAAGCUGAGACCACUAUUUGCCACAAAGUAGAUAGACCACCCAGAAACACUUGAGAGUUGAUUUUCUGGCACACAGAAAUAAUAUGUUUGUCUUUGCAAUGUGUUAUAUGACCGUUUGCCCCAUAGAUUUUUCCAGAAAGAUCUAAGGGAGCUACCCAUUGGGACUUAAUUUGCCUUGGGGAGAUAGGACCAAGCGGUUCUCAGGAAAUUGAUAGCCCCCUUCACCAUCCUCUCCAUAGCCCAGUGGUUAUAUCUCAGUGCCUGACCUGUUCAUUUGACCUGUGUGAGUUUUCAAAAGGUAGUGUAAUCCAUCUGAGGAAAGUCACUUCAGAGACAGGAAGGGGCAUGGCAGCCUCUUUGGCCAGGGAUUUAUGUAUCUGUCAUAGGAGGGAAGUGUGAGCUGAGAAAUGACUCCCAGAAGUGCAAGAAUUGGCGAGGGAAGCACUGCUACCUUUAGCAGUCAGUGGUGCAUUCAUUGGGAAUUAGUGGUAUUUCAGAUAGCCAGCAUUAUUGACUCUUUCUCUCUUUUCUCUCUUCCUUCCUGUAGUCCUUUCUCCUUUACUUCCUGCUUUCUUCCCCUCUUCCUCAGCACACACUGAAGAAAGCAACUGAACUGGCUGAGUGAACCCUGCCAGUGGCCAGGCAGUGGGUGAAGAAAGGAUAGUAAAGUCUUGGACUGCUUUUUGUGAGGCAAUUAGAGGAUGUGAGGACAGACAUAAGAUGCUUGGGUCAGUCACAGCAGGCUUGCAGCUGGUGCCAUGUCACCAUGGCUGGCACUAAUGGCAACUAAUGGGGUCCUGACAAUCCCCACAGCCUACAGAAACAAGCCAGUCGCUCAGUUGGACUCUAUCUAGUCUUAAUUCUUGCUGUCUUUGUGAAUUGGUUUCUGCAUUUUCACCAGCCAUGCAUAUCAUUGCUUUGGGCUCUCUGCUGAGCCUGGGACUAAGUCUUUGCUUUACAUAUCUUCCCCUGCUGUGAGCCUGCCAGACUGGCUCCCUUGGCAAACUCAUUAGGCAUUAGUGGUGUCCAUGGGAAUCUAAGCUGGGCAGCAGAACUCAUCUUUAGUGCUCUUAUCCUCCCUGAUGGCUUGUAACAUCCCCAAUGCAAAGGAGUCCCAGCUGAAAAGUUGUAUUCAGCUAUCUUGGGAAACAUCCACUCUGCCCACAGCUCAGCCCAGCACUUGCUAAAACAGACUAGAGAAAUCCCAGACCUCUAGGUGCAGCUAUUUGUUUAACUCUUCCUUAUUCUUUCUUUCCUAAUGACUGUUGGCAUUUCCUGCUCUCAAAAGGCAUAAGGUGAGCCUUGACAAGCCUUGAAUCUCAGUAAGGAAAAUAGGUACCACUCAGACUCCGGACCUACUUCCUUCUCUGCAGCACAUGUUCCCUAUACUAUGUGGGAAGAGAUGAAGGAACAUGAUAUGAGGGAAAAUUCCUCAGCGUUAAAGGAGAUUUCGCCUCUUUGAUGCUAUAUAGAAAACAUUUUCACUCUCUUGUAGACCAGACUGGCCUAGAACUUAAAGAGAUCUGCCUGCCUCUGCCUCCUGAGUGCAGGAGUUAAAAGUGUGAGCCACCACUGCCUGGCAGAAAACAUUUUCACUCUCAAAAAUCAGCAAAUGAUGUGGGAUCACCCCCCCCCAUUUUUCCUUUUAGCAAAUUAUUCAUCACACAUUCAGCAGCUGCUCAGAGUUGUCAACAAUAGGAUUAUGUCUUAUGUUAUAGAACUUCUCUAAUCUCCUGCCCUCUUAACCAUCCGUGGCUUUCAACCUCUUGCUGUCUGCCAAAAUUCAUGUGAUAUAUUGAUGCCAAGUAAACUGUAAAGAGCAAACAUGCUGUCCUAUGCAGGUCCCAGUUCUAUUAAGCCUAGCUCUUCAAAGGGAAUAAGCCAAGUAAGCAAUGCAGGCUCAGUGGGGGGCAGGUAAACUGAGCUUUUGGGGACAUUGUCCAAUCUAUAUCCUCUCAAACUAUGCAGGAAGUCACCCUCCCCGUUUGUGUGUGAGGUCAUCCCUGGCCAUGGUCUUACAUAGCCAUAGUGGUUUGCUAUAGCAGAAGCUGGAAAAUCUUGACUAGAUAAACUCCUCACUUAAGCCUGCAAAAUUCUGCUUCAGUCUCUAGUCCAUCUUCCCACCAGUCAGGCAGGCACUUAUAAGAGAUGCAGACAAGAAACUGCAACUCUUCUUCCCAGCGUACAUGUCUUAGUUGACUUUUUAAAUAUCUGAGAAUUCAGGGCUGGAGAGAUGGCUCAGAGGUUAAGAGCACUGAUUGCUCUUCUGGAGGUCCUGAGUUCAAUUCCUGGCGGCCACGUGGUGGCUCACAACCAUCAGUAAGGAGAUCUGGUGCCCUCUUCUGGCCUGCAGGCAUGGAGGCUGAACAUUGUACAUAAUAAAUAAAUCUUAAAGAAAAAAACAAAAUUAGCCACAGAAGUUUUUUAAACAAUGUAUAAAUAUCUGAGAAUUCAAGUGUGAGGCAGUUACUUAAAAUGACAAACCCAUCUUUGUUUGAGGGAGGAGCUCUUACCACUUACUUAUAAUAAGGGUUAUAGUCCUUCAGAAGGGUCUGCUAAAUAGCUAUUUUUGGCUCAUUUGCUCUUCUUUCCUCUUUGAGUUCUGUUCCCUUUUAGGCCCCUCAGGAGAGCCUCUCUCUCUCUCCACCUCCUUCUCAAUGUCUGUGUUCACAGAGCUUACGCAGGGGAAGUAACCCCUAGCCAAGUGAGUCUCUCAUCCAACUCAUUUUCCGAGAUAGUCCCACUGGUUCUUCUAGAAGAGCAGGGACAAAGACUGUCUGGGUCAACAUAAUGACCUCUUCCCCUCCGCCCAAGCACACCGGAAUUCCAAAUGUUCUUGUUUCCUUCAAGCUCAAAUGGUUUUUGCUGCUGAUCCUUUGCUCUGGGUUACCCAUUUCCUGCUCAACCCUGGCACAGCAAAUGUGUCUCUGUAGCAGCUACCUCAGGGUAAUUUGAGAAGCAGCUCUAGGCCACCACAUGUGGAAAAAGAAUCAGGGAAAGACACAUGUGGAAUAAGAAUCUCCUAGAGAAAGAUGUUGGGCCUUUGCAAACAGCUUUAAUAAUGUAGAAAUGCCAGCACCGGAUGUUUCUAGAAUGCCAGCAUAAUUUACUCUAAGGUGAUUUUUAAAUGAUUAUUAUAUCCUUCCCUAGGUUUAGUGAUUUCACCAAAAUCUCUGACACUCUUCCAUCUGCCUUGGGGAAUCAGCCACUACCCGUCUUCUAACUGUGUGAACAUCUUGGGCACACACACAUACCCCUAUCCUUCUUAGAGCCUCUAACUUGUUCCUGCAGUAUCUGAUCAGUUUCUGCCUAGUCAGUCAGAUAUGCCCUGUUGCUGAGCCUGUUUGGGUGGG